AUGAGGCCGCCAGAAGAUAAAGAGAAGAGAAUCAGCAUACAGGUGAAAGGAGACUUAAAGAUGGAAGAGGAGGGCUGGGAAGUUGGAGUCAAUGUGGGUAAGGCCCCAUGGAAGCCUCUGUAAACCAUGUACAAAGUGGAGCUGGAGAAGACCGCUCCUGCUUGUGUGGAGGGAAAUUGGGGUAGACACCUGGGGAGGGAGGCAUGCACCCUGGCUUUGUGGGCUCAGCCAGAGGAAAAGAAAGUUCUCAGGAGGGAGAGGGCAGUGGGAUGGCUGAAGAGAACUGUGCAGAGGAGGGAGCAAGUCCUGGCCGCUGAGAGAGCCAUGCUGGAGGUGAAGUGGAAGGUGAGGGCUGAGAAGGAGGCAGGCCAGCUUCGUGAGAAAGACCUGCCUUCUGCGAUGGGUCCCUUCCAUUUUGUUUCAAUUGUGCUCGGGAGAAUCUAUUUUGAAAAUACCAACGUAGCCAUUUUAGAUGCAACCAUUGUACUCGCAAACUGA